UUCAUCGAAGGAAAAUUCUCAGCAUAAAAUAACUUGUCUUCGAUACCUGGUUGCAGACACAACCGGCUUUGGACCCAUACAAACUACUCGAAAUGCAUGCUCAGCAGAAAUAUUUCAUUCUUUUUUGUACAUUUUCUUUUGUAUUCGGUGAUGAGCCCCGUUUUAAAUCACGAUUUGAGUACGAUGAGCAACUAUUGGAGAAAAUGAUUCGCAUGGAAAUUGAACAUGAAAAGUGGGAAAAGCGUAUAAAUGAAACUAUGGGAAAAAUUGAGAAACAGAGAAAUAGCAUUCAUACUGAUUUGGAAGUAUUGCGAAAUGAAAGAGAGGAGUUUGACAAGCACGUUAACGAGACGCUGAUUGACAUGAUGCAGCAACUAUCUACAUCAAAAAACAUUAAAGUUUUGUUCCGAGCUUGGGAAGUCUCGGAUUAUACCCUAUCAACUGCAAACGACAAAAUCAUCUUCACUGACGUGCUCGAAAACGUUAGCGGUGGCUACAGUUCUGCAACUGGAGAAUUUACAGCACCAGUUGCCGGGACCUAUCUAUUUUCUGUUAGUCUGUGUGCGGUAACAAAAAAAACAUAUUCUACAACAUUGUGGCCAAAGAAGACGUAGUGACAUAUGGACAUUCUUACAGUGUAUCUGGCUACCCUUGCAUUACCGGAAACAGUAUCGUGCAGCUUGACGUCAAUGACGUCGUCUACGUCAAAUCCACAUACAGCAAUGAUGUACUUGCGACUGCUGUGAAGGACUCGAAUGACGCAAAGGCCAAUUCCUUUUCAGGCGUCCUUUUACACCCAAUCUAGAAAACACAUAUCCUCAAAAUAUGUUCACUUAAGGACAAUGCCGACCCUAAACGUUCGCCAGAUUGCUAAAAUAUGGAAAUUGUAGACCCAGCUAUGGACUUUCGUUUAUAUUAAUGACAUUGUUUUUAGUCGGAAUGAAUUUUCAUUCUGUUAUGGAACUUUUAGACAAUCAGAAUGAUUAUUAAAUGCAAAUCGUAUUUUAUUUGUCAAUGUGUCAUUUAUUGAAAAGUCAAUAAAUUACAGAGGCGAUUUGCUUUACACAGUUUGUCAAAUGUGAUUUGUUAGAGUUGAUUCAUCAUUUGUUUUUUUAUAAUUGAUUACAAUCAUCAAGUAUUGAUUUGUUUUUGAAUUUAGUAGUUUACAGAAUAAUUCUUUAAAAAACCCGAUAAUAUUAUUGUUGUUAAAACGUUUGAAAGAGAUAUUACGGCACGAUUAAUAUCCUAUUUUCGAGUAGAAAUCAAAAUAAGAGUUUGAUAGGUGGACUACGUCAGUCGUAAUAUGCUAAAUAUAUUCAUUUUUUGUGUGGCUUCUCCAUCUUUUCAAACAAGAAAUCCCAAUCUUAAAUACAGUUGGAAUUAUUGCCUUAGUUCCCUGACGCUUUACAGACCGACUUGUGCUAAAUGGAAUAUGUUAGGAUAUGAAACGCCUGCCAUCUGAUACUUUUAUAGCAAACGCAAACGAACUAUGUCAAAACAAAGCAAGGUUUUUGGAUUAAUUUAGUUCUAAAAUGAGGGCAUAUAUGUACCGUGGCACAGCAGUUUUGUGAUAGUAUGCAUUUGUGACAUUAAUUAGCACAUAUGAACAUAACGGUCUUAGUGUUAUCGUAAUUGCGGAUGUCCGUCUGUCCCGUCGCCAGCCCUAAAUAAGCAUGGAAACACUCUAUUAUUAAAAUUUUUGAAGAAACCUAUCUAAACUUUGAACAAAUGUUUAUCGCUUUCAGACCGGUUAAGAUUGACACUAGUCCAGAUCGGACUAUAAGAUAAAAAGUUAUGGUCCUCGAUUAAAAAUAUCAUUUCAGUACACAUAAUUUCGCAACAACAGCUUUUAUCUGAUCGACAUAAAUUUUCUGUCGAGGCGAAAACUAGGUCACUUGUUGAACUUAUAGAAUGUUGUUGAAAGCAAAAAAGUGUAAACUUAUCAAACCAUCGUGAAACUUGUUCAGCAUAAAUGUGUACAUCGAAUUUUAAUUCGAAUAAUAAUGAGUCACGAUAUGUCAAAAACUCAAUAACAUAGCUAGGUAAUAUAUAAUGACAUGUCGUGUGCAAAAAGAACGCCCAUAUUAUCAAAGGAGAUAGUAAGAAAUCGCAUACUCGGAAUAUUGAUCACAGUAGAUCUGUAUGGUUUUGGAGCUACAGUGUAUAUGCAAAACAAUAGUAGUAAGAAUUUCUACAAGGCCAAACAGCCACACACUUUUUUUCAGAACGAUAUAGGUAAGACGGCAGAUAAAUUUGAACUCGUUCAUAUAUCUCUUGUUACGUAGUCAGUAACUGAACUAGGCAUAUAUAUGUAAAUACCGAUGAUACAAUGUAUGAGCUUCAUAGUACCAAACCGAUUGUGUUUGUUUAGUUUAUUUAAACUUCAUUUAUUGUACAACGAUUGUUCAAAAAGUUAUACUCAUUUAUGGUUUAAAUCAAACAUUUCUGUUAAGAAAUUGUUAUAUAAAUAACAUCGUUUAGAUCUUUCAAGUAUCAUGACAUUUGUAAAUAGCCUCCCAUAAAAUCUUAUUACUAAAUUUAUUAUAUAUCACAAAGAUUGAUUUUUCUUUUUUUUCGAUACCUUAUUGUAUGUUCUUUUAUUUAGCUCACUUAUAUUUUCUCUUUUCUUUGUAUUUAGGUCAUGCAUCGUUGUUACCAUACUGACUAUUUAUAUUCGUGCUGAUAUGUUUUAUAUUCUGUCCAAAAAACUUUUAUAUAAUAU